AUGCCGUACAGUGAAGAUGACGACUCUCAAAACGGUUUCUCUGAACCCACUCAGGGAUUGUCUAAAGCGGAAUUGAGAAAGACUAAUAAACCAAUAAUGGAGAAAAAACGACGCGCACGCAUCAAUAAUUGUUUGAAUGAAUUAAAAGAUCUACUCAUGGACUCUAUGGACAAAGACCCAGCACGCCAUUCGAAAUUAGAAAAAGCAGACAUCCUAGAAAUGACAGUGAAACAUCUGCAAACGCUACAACGGCAGCAGCUGGCUGCAGCAAUUGCUGCUGAUCCAGCUGUGCUCAACCGCUUCAAGGCUGGCUUCGGCGACUGCGCUGUCGAAGUCCGAAGAUAUCUCUCACGUUUGGCCAGCGUACCAACGGGUUUACGCUACCGCCUAGGCAACCAUCUUAACUCUUGUAUAUCUGGAAUCGAGCGCCUGCAUCCUGCCGAUUACCCACCCCUGGUACCAGAUCCCCUUAGGCUUGACGACGAACGCCCAAGCGCAUUCCACUUCGUCAAAUCCACCAAACCAACGAGUCCACCUCUAAGCCCUCUAUCUUGUGACUCAGCCUGCGAUUCAUCGACGGAACUAGAAACACCACCACGGCCUAUCCAAAUACCCAAAUACCCCUUCCCUACGCCACCCAGCCAUUCAGCAUCUGACCAAGACUCGAGUCCAGAACAAAAACCAACCGUUUCGUCAACAACGAUAUCCCCAGAAACGUUAAAACAGGAGGCAUUAAGGAAUAAGAAACUAAUGGAACCUCUAUCCAUCGUAAUAGAUGUUGAGAACUACAAAAUUGGUAUAGAUGCGUCACCGAAGCGCGCUGUGGAUUAUUCUAUGAGGCAUAAGUACAAACGCCACGCUGAUAUUAUGGGGCCGCCGACAAAAGUUUUACGGUUAGAUGAGAAGACAGUCACUAUACCAGAGAGGACGGUAAGAAACGAAGCUAAGGAGUCGGCCUUCAAGAGAGUACCAGAGCGAUCAUCGUACCCAGAGAAGAAAAUUUUAAUUCCUCCAAGUAUACCAUCUGCCAUGGAAAUUCCAAAAGAUGUAAGGCAAUCACGAUCUGUGAUAAGUCAUACUGCUGCGUCCCUAGCACAGUCUAGCGCGUCCGUUAAAGAAGAGGAGAAAAGAGAACCAGAUACGAGUUCACGAUCUCCCGCGCAGGGUACCAGUACUGAGAUGUGGCGGCCUUGGUGA